AUGCAACUCGACAACACCGAAAACCCGGAACUCAAGCCGAUUUGCCAAAUCAUCACCCCAGUGGGGAUGCUAGGCUACGGCUUUGACGAAGCUCUCACGCACUACGAACUCUCUCGCCUCGUACCAAGCGGCAUCCCGACAGCUAUUAUCUUGGACUCGGGAUCGACAGACAGUGGGCCGCAGAAACUGGCUCUGGGAUCUAUGUCGUGCCCGAGGUCGGCUUAUGCGAAGGAUCUUGCCAAGCUGCUCCGGCUUGUUCAUACGUUUCGUGUGCCACUGAUAUUUGGAUCUGCGGGUGGUGAUGGGACGGAUGAGCAUGUCAAGGCUAUGGUUGAGAUUAUAGAAGAGAUUGCAGCAGAGGAUGAGAACAAGGGCUAUGCUUUCAACACGAUAUCGCUAUUCUCCAAUAUCAAUAAGGCAACGAUCCUCGAGCGCUUCAAAGAAGGCCGUCUUACCGGUUGCGGGCCCUGCGUUCCACCAGCAACAGAAUACGAGAUCAAUGAAUCCCUCCGUGUCGUCGCUCAAAUGGGUUACGAACCAUUCUUCGACGCCAUGACCGCCAAUCCCGACUUCGACAUCAUAGUCGGUGGACGAGCCUACGAUCCAUCCCCAUACGUCGCCUUUUGUGUUUAUCAGCUCACACGCCAGUCAAACCAACUCAGCACAGAAGACCUUCACUCCAGGCUUGGUGGUUUCUAUCACAUGGGUAAGAUCUUGGAAUGCGGAGGACAGUGUUCAUUCCCAAAGUCCCAUGGUGCUGUUGCUACUGUCUAUGAGAACGGUUUAUUCGAUGUACGACCGACAAAUCCUGAGUCGAAGUGUACGCCGUUAUCUGUCGCUGCGCAUACGCUGUAUGAGAAUACAAGACCAGAUGUUUUACGAGGGCCGGGAGGGUCACUUCACCUUGAGAACUCAAACUAUGAACAGCUCUCUGACGGAAAGUCUGUGAGGCUCGAAGCUGCACGUAUUGUUGGUUACCGCUCUAUGUUCAUGGGCAGUAUCACGGACCAUAUCCUUGUUUCCCAGAUCGACAAAUUGCUGGCCCGCGUUAGGGUCUACGUCGACCAACAACAUCCCGAGAUCACUGGCCAAUGGAACCUCGACUUCCAUGUCUACGGCAAAGACCAGUACACGCAAGCCGGACCAGGUCAACUUUUCAUCGUUGCUGAAGCACUCGCACCGACACAGCAACUGGCCAACAGUAUUGCCUCUAAGGCUCGAGUGGGAAUGAUUCAUGCACCGUAUCCUGGGCAGAAAGCGACUGCAGGCAACUUUGGCUUCGGCCUUGGUGGGCUCAUGGAGAUUGAACUUGGUCCUUGUGCUGAGUUCUCGCUGUACCAUCUCAUGGACCUUGAGCCUGGUGAAGAGAGGUUGGCUCUGGGUGGUGAUGGGUCUGUGCUUGAGGGGCCAUUGCUGAGAGGCAAGAUCUCCCGAGUUGGCAAAGGGGCCUUGAACGAGACCAAUGGCACCAACGGGCAAAUUACUGUGCCUGUGGUCGAUAUCAAGCCUCCUAGACGGACGAGCGCAAGUCCCCAGUGUUCGCCUAGUCCCCCAAGCCAAGCGAUUCAGAAGCCCGAGACACUGUCAGACUUGUGCCGCAUUGUCCGUUCCAAGAACGCUGGUCCAUACGAGAUCACUAUAGAUGCGAUGUUCGCGUCCAAAGAAGCUUAUGAAGCUGUCAAAUCCUCUGAUCUCCUUUCGAUCAGCAACAUUGCGAAGGCCGUCGGCAUCUCAGAGGAAGAUAUCAUAUGGAUUGGCUUCUUUGACCCUGCUAUCUCUUUCAAGGUAACCAUCCCCAGAAUCCGAUCAGGGAAGAAGAAAUCUGCUGGCGGGUUUAUGGAGAACGAUAUUCAUGGGUCGCAGGAGCACAUGGGCCUUGCAAGCCUCAAGCUCCCGGAAGGAUUCAACUUUUAG